AUGGCGGUCAAGGAGAUUCCCAUCCCCGAACCAUGGGGUUUGCCUUUCCUUGGACACAUUGCCGAAUUCAACCCAGAGAACCCCAACAAUGAUAUUUUGCGCCUAGCAGACACCUUCGGCGAGAUCUACCGUCUGCGCUUCCCCGGCGGGAAGACCGUCUGUUUUGUUUCCACAAACGCUUUAGUCAACGAGCUUUGUGACGAAAGUCGCUUCAAAAAGACACUGAACACGGUUCUUUCGGCCAAAUUAGACGAGCCCAACUGGGGUAUCGCACACAGGAUCCUGAUUCCAGCUUUCGGUCCCGUUACCAUUCGUGGCAUGUUUGACGAGAUGUUGGAUGUCGCAGGCCAGAUGGCCUUGAAAUGGGCACGCCACGGUCCAUCAACGCCUAUCAUGGUCACUAAUGACUUCACCCGCCUCACUCUUGACACCAUUGCCCUAUGCUCCAUGGAUUUCCGCUUCAACUCGUUUUACCGCGAGGAGCUUCACCCUUUCGUCAAGGCCAUGAGCGAUGCUCUCAUAGAAAGCGGCGCCAGGGAACGGAGACCGGGGUUCGCGAGCUACUUUUUCCGGGCCGCAGAGCAAAAGUAUUUUGCCGACAUUGAGUUGUUGCGCAAGACAGCGGAAGAAGUCCUAAAGGCCCGGAAAGAGCACCCAUCCGACAGAAAAGAUUUGCUGACCGCCAUGCUCAACGGCGUGGACCCCAAGACGGGUCAGAAGAUGACUGAUGCUAGUAUCAUCGACAAUCUGAUUACUUUCCUCAUUGCUGGCCAUGAAACAACUUCUGGCUUGUUGUCUUUUGCCUUUUACGAGCUUCUGCGGAACCCUGCUGCCUAUCGGAAGGCUCAGCAGGAAGUUGACGAGGUCCUUGGGCAAGGCCCUAUUACUGUAGAUCACUUGUCCAAGUUGCCUUACUUGAAUGCUGUUCUUCGUGAAACGCUGCGGCUUUCUGCGACCAUUCCUGCUUUCGCUGUUGAAGCCAAGGAAGACACACUCAUUGGUGGCAAAUACCGCGUCAAGGAGGGCGAGCCGGUCGGCUUGUUACUCGGCAGAGCACACAUUGACCCCGUUGUUUAUGGCGACGACGCAAAGGAAUUCAAGCCCGAGCGCAUGUUAGAUGAGAACUUUGAGCGCCUACAAAAAGAGUUUCCUAACUCGUGGAAGCCCUUUGGUAACGGUAUGCGUGCCUGCAUUGGCAGACCGUUUGCCUGGCAGGAGGCUCUAAUGGCCACCGCCAUACUUCUGCAGAACUUUAACUUCACCAUGGACGAUCCCAAUUAUCAGCUCAAGAUUUCGGAGUCGCUCACUAUCAAACCCAAGGACUUUUACAUGCGUGCGACCCUGCGAAAUGGAUUGAGCCCCACGGAGCUCGAGCAAAGGCUUGCGGGGAGAAACCCGAAGAAGACGACAUUGCCAUCCCGACCAUCAGCGCAGACUAACGGCGACAAUACCCCCAAAGCCAGUGGCAAGCCCAUCAGUAUCUACUACGGAUCCAACAGUGGAACGUGUGAGGCACUUGCCCAGAGACUUGCUACUGACGCGACAACCCACGGAUUCAACGCCGUAAACGUGGAGCCUCUGGACACCGCUCGCGAAAAUCUGCCCAAGAACCAACCCACAGUCAUCAUCACUGCCUCUUACGAAGGCCAGCCACCAGACAAUGCAGCCCACUUCAUCGCUUGGCUUGAGAGCUUGAAGGCUCAGGAGUUGAGCAGUGUGCCAUAUGCCGUCUUUGGCUGUGGCCACCAUGACUGGGUGCAAACAUUCCACCGCAUCCCGAAGCUGGUCGAUACGAUUAUGGAAGAACGCGGAGCCAACAGACUCGUACCGAUGGGGCUGACCAACGCUGCUGACAGAGACAUGUUCUCGGAUUUCGAAGCUUGGGAGGAUGAGGUCCUCUGGCCAGCGCUUACUGAGAAGUACGAUGUUGCCGAAGCACAAGACGGCAAUGGCUCGCAACCCGGCCUUGCCGUGCAAAUCUGUAACCCCCGCACUUCGACUUUACGACAAGACGUCCAAGAGGCCGUUGUUUCCGGAGAAAAGAUUCUGACAGCUGCUGAGGCCGCUCAGAAGAAGCACAUGGAUAUCCAGCUUCCGCCCGGCAUGACGUACCGGGCCGGAGACUACCUGGCGGUCCUACCCUUGAACCCGCGAGAAAACAUUGAAAGGGUCUUUCGCAGGUUCCAGCUUGCUUGGGACGCCUGUCUGACUAUCUCUGGCGACAAGCGUACGCCUCUGCCGGUCAACCAGACCAUUUCCGCGUCCGACAUCCUCAGCGCUUACGUUGAGCUUGCGCAACCCGCCACGAAGCGCAACGUCUUGUCCUUGCUAGAGGCCACCAAGGACGAAGUAACCACCAAGGAGCUGGAACGGCUCUCCGGCGAGGCGUACCAUCAGGAGAUCACACAGAAGCGGAUGACAGUGCUGGACCUCUUGGAAAAGUUCCCGUCUAUCGCGCUGCCCAUUGGCUCCUUCCUCGCCAUGCUUCCUCCCAUGCGCGUGCGGCAAUACUCCAUCUCAUCCUCUCCGCUCCGCAACCCUUCGCAAGCAACCCUCACAUACUCCCUCCUCGACGAACCCUCACUUUCAGGCCAGGGCCGUCACGUAGGCGUAGCAACGAGCUACCUCGCAGCCCUCAAGGCGGGCAACAAGCUCCACGUCGCCGUCCGGCCCUCGCAUGCUGCCUUCCACCUUCCCAACCAGCCGGAGAAGACCCCUCUCAUCCUUGUCGCUGCCGGCUCCGGCAUCGCGCCCUUCCGCGGGUUCAUCCAAGAGCGCGCCGCCAUGCUCGCGGCGGGACGGGCCAUCGCGCCAGCGCUUCUAUUCUACGGAUGCCGCAAGCCCGGCAUCGACGACUUGUACCGCGACGAGUUCGACGUCUGGGAGAAGAUGGGCGCCGUCACCGUGCGCAGGGCAUAUUCCCGCGCCAUCGAGCAGAGCGAGGGGUGCAAGUAUGUCCAGCACAGGCUGUACCACAAUAAGAAGGAGGUUUCGGAGCUCUGGGCCCAGGGGGCCAAGCUGUUCGUGUGCGGGACGCGCAACGUGGGGAAGGCGGUCGAGGAGGCGUGCGUUAGGGUAAUUCUCGAGUCGGCCAAGGAAGAGGGCGGACAGCCUGAGCUGAAAGACUUGGAUUACGAGGGGGCGAAGAAGUGGUUUGAGGGGAUUCGGAAUGAGAGGUAUGCUACGGAUGUCUUUGACUGA